AUGACCUCAGAAUUAAUUUUAGGUGUACGUUUAGAUCCUCAAACAUUAACCACAAUUAAAUUAAAUGAUGUUAAUUUUAAAAUGAAAGUUGAGGAACUGAAAUAUGAGACAGCUGGAAGGGUUAACCUAUCAAAAGAAUUAUUUGGUAAGAUGACAUUUUUCAACCUUUGUUCUUUAUUUGUAAAGACACAUCCAGUUUUGGUAGAAGCUGCUCAAAACAUAGCUGCAGCAGUUCAUGCAGAAGUACAGAACAAUGCAACUGCUGGCUCCAACUCUUCCUUAUCUAAUUCACAACCUGCUACCUAUUCUUAUAGUUUAGAUAAUUUAAGUGAUGAUGAUGAAAUGGCAGGGGAUUCUUCUCAAUCUUCAGACUCUACCCAACCACCAAACUUAUCUUCUAAUCCAUCAAACUCUAUAAUUACUGAUGCACAACUUGCAGCAGCAGUUUCUAGAGCAAGAGCUAGGAGUUUUCCUCUUUCCAAUUCUCCUUCAUCUACUUCAGCUGCUAGCACAAAUUCUGGAAUAAUAACUACAGAAAUGUUUACACAAGCUAUGCAACAAGCAUCUGCAGCAACACCAGGUUUAUUAAGUGAUUCUACAUGGACACCAAUUCUACCACAAUUUACGGAUUUGCAACGACAGUUAGCGCAAAUGCAUGAACUGGGACUGCUAGAUGAUACACUGAAUAUGCGUGCAUUAUAUUUUACAAACGGCGACGUUCAAGCAGCGAUUGACCUUGUGUUCACUGGUUUUAGCAAUAAUUAA